AUAAUUAGAAUUUCAGAUUAUUACACUGAUUUCUCUAGUAAAAAUAUAUAUAUUUUUUAAAUAUUUAUCUAGUUUUAGCCUAGGUUUCAUGAAGAAAGAGUUCAUUCGUGUGAAGCAGGGACUGCAUAUAAAAGAAAUAUCGGUUCAGUUACCUUCUUUACAACCUGUGUGAUAUUAGCUAACUUUUAUUUUUUAAACUUUUUUUACUUCUAAUCGUUUGAUAGUGUUUGAUAGUCUUGUAAAACGGUCCCUGGUGUAAAUCGAAUUGCCCUAAAGCGAAUUUUCCAUACGUAAAUUCUGUAAUAAAUAAACGAUGUAGUGAACAGCCGUUUGAGGGUUAAUAUAAUAAGGAAGCAAUCUUUUAUCGCGAACGAUUGAUUUCAAAUAUUCGAAUUCUAUCGAUGAUAAAGAAAAAAAUUGAAAAACGAGAAUUUUAGAACACAGAAUUCUAUAAUACCUACUUUGAUUUAUUGACAGUCCGAACUGGCGAAGAACAUUUCUUAGAUUUUGAAAUGUCGGAAUCAUGGGAAUUAUACAACAUUUUGUAUGGAAAGACUUCACUACCAAAAAUGUCACCAAUUCCGGAUAUUAAUCAAUUCAAAGACAAAGAUGAGAUGGAAAGAAAUCCAUUAUGCACUUUUCAACUGCAGAAAGUACGUAAGCGGGAAUUUUACAAUAUGGUAGAAGAAGCGGCAAGCAAAGCAAAAAUUGCGGAAUUUCGUAUUGGCGUGAAAGGAGACAUACGAAAAUGCCACCUCGAAAUGCCACAAGCCUUUUAUUACAGCAAAAUUAAAGAAUUUGCAGAAAUGUUACCAACUGUUGGUCUUCUUCCGGACUGGGAACGAAACAUAAGAAACUUAGUACCAAAGUCUCUGCGAAUAAAGUACAAUGAAUUUUUUGAAAAUCAAUUAAAUGAGACAAAGACUCGUUAUUAUCAAGAAAUGCACGAUAUGGCGGUAAGACGUAUUAUUGCAAGUGAAGAUGGCAAUAAAUGGCCUGAAUAUGUCGAGCCAGCGCACAAGUGUAAAGGACGUACAAAAUUCCGUCCAAAAUUUCUAAAACAUCGUUGCAUCAUCACCAAAAAAUAUUAUUUCCCACACAAACUCAUCAAAAACAUAAUAUCACGAGCGUAUUUUGUGUUGCCUGAAUUGAUUAUCGAUUUUCGACGUUAUCACUCUUCUGGAUUUCAAGAUUUAAACAGGCUACUUGAUCUAAUUGAAGGAGACAUGAAAAAAGGUUCGCUGAUAAUAACAAACACUUAUUAUACUGACAUAGUAAGAUUGAUAUCACAACCACGUUACAUUCACGAUGUACCGCCUGAAAUUGUGCCAAGUUUUUUACGUUGUGCUUCUAAAAUUCUCGAACUUCAAAUAGUGAACCGUAUGAUGAACACUAUAGAACACUUAUUAAAAGUAUUAAGCGAUUGGAGUACAACGCCGUUAUUAAGGGUAAUUUAA